GGGUUAGGAGUAAAACCCGCAGAGGGCUCCAGACUCCCACUUUGAUCAGAGCACUUGGCCCCCGCGGGCCAUGUCCUGCAGGCACUGAGUGAGCACUGCCCUGGCUCUGGGAGGGCGAGCGGCGCUAUAGCAGCCAUGAGCAGCUUCCAGUUGGAAGACUUUGCCGCGGGCUGGAUCGGAGGUGCAGCCAGUGUCAUUGUUGGCCACCCUUUGGACACAGUCAAGACUCGCCUGCAGGCUGGUGUGGGCUACGGGAACACCUUCAGCUGCAUCCGUACCAUGUACAAGAGAGAGAGUGUGUUCGGCUUCUUCAAGGGCAUGUCCUUCCCCCUGGCCAGCAUUGCUGUCUACAACUCAGUGGUGUUUGGGGUCUUCAGUAACACACAGCGGUUCCUCAGCCAACACCGCUGUGGGGAGCCCGAGACCAGUCCUCGCCACAGCCUGUCUGACCUGCUCCUAGCCAGCAUGGUGGCUGGCAUGGUCUCUGUUGGGCUGGGCGGGCCCGUGGACCUCAUCAAGAUCCGGCUGCAGAUGCAAACACAGCCAUUUCGGGAAGCCAACCUCAGUGUGAAGUCCAGGGCAGCGGCUUUUGGGGAGCAGCCAGCCUACCAGGGACCGGUGCACUGCAUCGCGACCAUCGUGAGGACUGAGGGCCUGGCGGGGCUGUACCGGGGGGCCAGUGCCAUGCUGCUGAGGGACAUCCCUGGCUAUUGUCUCUACUUUAUCCCCUACGUGUUCCUGAGUGAGUGGAUCACACCCGAGGCCUGCGCAGGUCCCAGCCCCUGUGCUGUGUGGCUGGCAGGUGGCAUGGCAGGAGCGAUUUCCUGGGGGACAGCGACUCCUAUGGAUGUUGUGAAAAGCCGACUCCAAGCUGAUGGGGUUUAUUUAAACAAAUACAAAGGCGUCCUGGACUGCAUCUCCCAGAGUUACCAGCAAGAAGGCCUCAAAGUGUUUUUCAGAGGCAUCACUGUGAACGCUGUGCGAGGCUUCCCCAUGAGCGCCGCCAUGUUCCUUGGGUAUGAGCUCUCGCUGCAGGCCCUGCGCGGGGACCAGGCUGUGACGAGCCCAUGAGGGCCAGGUCAUUGUGCUUCCUUCCCAGCCAGUUGACUGGUGUCAUCUGACCAGGGUCUCAUUCCACUACAUGUUGGGGCUGGCAGCAUCUGCCCAACCAGCAAGAGUAAAUUUACUGGAGAGAAAUCAGGACCCUGGCCAUGCAGGCUCUGUGUCAAGUGGGCCUCCAGCCAGUGCACUGGCCUCGAGACGCCUUCCUUCAUGACUACAGGCUCUCUGCCCCUCACCCCAGCCUGGGGCCCUGAGCUGUUGCUUUGGAAGAAACCAAUGGACCAUUGACCAAGCAGUGACCAUCUAUAUCAGCUCCAGAUCAGUGCAUGGUAAAAAGUCAGGGCCAAAUAAACCCUGCCCUUGCAACUGUCAUAAACUCAUUGGGGAUUCACAUGGAGGAGCUGGAAUUGACUCUAGGUUUUCAAAUAAAAGCAUUAAAAACCUCUU